AUGGCAGCUAAAGGUCCUGGAAAAGACUAUCAACCAGUGAAGAGGAUGUACCACUCCACUGUACGGGUAGGAGACUAUCUGUAUAUGUGGGGUGGGAAACAGCCUAAUCUCCCUGAAGUACAUAAUAAUGAAAAGAAGAAAUCAAUGUGUUCUGUCAUGGAGGUGUACCACUUGGUGACUGGUAGGUGGGAGCAGAAACCCACCACUGGUAAUCCUCCACUGGGUGUUUGGGGCUAUGCAGCUGCUGCUAUUGGAAAUGAAAUAUUUUAUUUUGGAGGAGGUUUAGGUGAUUGGAUACCACCAACUAUCACUGGAGACAGACCACCUCCUCUUACUGCCUUCACUUUAACAUCAAUUAAUAAUUCCAGUGCUAUAUUAUUUGGAGGUGAGGCUGCUAAUGGAGACAGUAGCAAUGUAUUUAUUCUUGAUUUUACUGAUACAUCAGUGAAUUGUUUAAAGUUAUCUAAUCCUGAAGGAUCAGUACAAUGGCCUGAAGGAAGAUAUGGUCAUUCCAGUGUAUUGAUUAACACUAGCUCAGGACCACACCUACUAGUGGCGGGUGGAUAUUGUACUUAUUAUCUUUGGAUAUUUGAUGUUAAAAAUAAAUUAUGGAAGAAACUGUUUAAUAGACCAAAGAAUGUCAUUAACAGAUGUUUUCAUUCUUUAUCAUUGUGGAGUGUGACUCCAACCACUAACUGGAUAAUUGUGUUUGGAGGAGACACAUCACACAGAGAUACAGCAGUUAUUGCACUCAGAUAUGCUAGUAAUAAUGAGUGGUAUACUAGUAAAGUACCUCUGGACCAGUAUCAAGAGAAACUACAAGAAAGGAGAAGAGAAUGGGAAGCACCUCAACUUGUUCAACCUGAGGAUAGAAGAGAAAUAGACCGUCUGACACGUGUACUACAAGAAAGGGAAAGGAAACUACAGGUGGAGAGAAAAGAAAAGGAACAACUUAGAAAUAGACUACAGCAACAACUUCAAGGAAGAGAACAACAACUUCAACAAGCACAGCAGCAAGGACAAGAAAGAGAGAGGCAGGCCAGGGAAAGGGAGCAGGAUCUUCAACAACAGCUUCAAGAAAGAGAUGAGCAACUUCAAGAAAGAGAACAGAAAUCAGAGCAACAAAGACAAGAAAAGGACAGGGAAAUUCAACAUAGCAGGGAACGAGAGCAACAGCUUCAGAGGGAAAUUCAACAAGGUGGGGCAAGAGAACAGGCUCUUCAACGACAGCUCCAACAAGCUCAGCAACAAGGACGAGAAAGAGAGAGGCAACUUCAAUCAAUAGAAAGGGAAUCUCAAGAAAGAGAGCAACAGCUCCAAAGGCAAUUAGAAGGUGGCCAGCAAAGGGAACAGGAUCUUCAACGACAGCUUCAACAAGCUCAGCAACAGCUUCAGGAAAGUCAAGAAAGAGAGAGAGGCCUAGAGCAGCAACUAAGAGAGAGAGAUAGACAAGAGAGAGAGUCUUCCUGGGUAGUUGACAGAAAUGAUAUUAGAAUGACAGAAAGGAUUCUAGGCAGAGGAGGAUGGAGAGAGGUCAGAGUAGCUCGUUUCCAUGGACUGAAAGUUGCUGCAAAAGUACUUCAUGAAACUAUCAUAUCAGAAUAUAAUAUUUCAUUGUUCUCUCGUGAAAUGAAUAUUGCUUCUAAAAUACGCCAUCCUAACCUCCUUCAGUUCAUAGGAGCCACUACAGAGGGUAAUCCAAUCAUCCUGACAGAGCUAAUGCCGACCAGCCUAAGAAAGGAAUUAGAGGUUGGAGGACUGGCCUAUCCUGAAAUAUUACGUAUCAGUUUAGAUGUAGCCUGUGCUCUCAAUUACCUUCAUCUCUUCAAGCCUCAUCCUAUACUACAUAGAGAUGUCAGCAGUGCUAAUGUACUCCUUCAGCCAAUGGGAGGUGCAUGGAAAGCUAAAGUAUCUGAUUAUGGAUCAGCUAAUCUUCAACCUCUCAUUGGUAGGACCACUAAUCCUGGUAAUCCUGUCUAUUCAGCACCUGAAGCAGCCAAUCCAAGGGAACACUCUCCUUCAAUGGAUGUCUUCAGUUAUGGUGUCCUCCUUCUAGAGAUGAUAACACGACGUAUUCCUCUACCAGAAGAGAGAGUAGGUCUUAUUGAUGGUAUUAGAAGAGCCUCAUUUAGGUCUCUUGUUCAACGCUGCCUGAUAGUUGAGUAUAGAUACCGUCCAACAAUGAAUUAUAUUAUAACUGAACUAAAUGACACUAUUUAAUGGUAACCUGAUUCUAGUUUUGCAGUUAUUUUUCUUUUUUUGU